AUGUCCCUAUUCUGUCUGAGCUUCUCUCCCUCCGCACCAUCCAGUGUGCUUGACAUCAAGCCGGCAAAGGUCGCUCAACAACUCACGCUCCUAGAGUGGGAGAGGUUCUCCAAGAUUGAGCCCAACGAUAUUCCCCACAACGCGUACAACUUACACGCACGUGAACCUAAAGCGACGGCGUCCGAGAUCCAUGCAGUUCUCGACAUGUCAAAUAAGAUUAAAGACUGGGUGAUUAAAUCGGUCCUGGAAGAGAAGGAUGCAACCAAGCGCGCACGCCUUAUCGAACAUUUCAUAUCCAUACUAGAUGAGUGCCGCAAGCAGUCGAACAUAAGCUCUAUGUACCAUUUAUACACGGGCCUCUCUUCAUCGCCUAUCAAAAGGCUGACGCAGACGUGGGCCCUGGUCCGUCACCAGAAACAAUAUACGCUUUUUGCGUGCAUGGACUGGUUUAGACCGGUUUUGCAGUCUGAUAGAUAUGAAGAGGUGCACCGGGGUCUGAAAGCUCCAUGCGUGCCAUACCUCGGCUUCUAUCUGUCGAACAUUGGGUUGCGGCCCCAGAAGACACGAUGCUCGGACGACGAGAUCGUGCGAGAGAUCCGGGCCCUACAAGGCGGUUCUUACAAGUUCGACAACGACGAGCGAAUUCGAAACUUCAUAUGCGGGCGGAUGACGGCGCGGGUUCGCUAUAGUGAGGACGUGAAGAUCUACAUGGACAAGAGCUGUAAGCUCGAGUAG